AUCAGCGUUCCCAGGCCCUCGGAAGUCCUGCACUCUCUGGGAGCAUCACAGUCUCAGGGCUGGAAGGGACGUCAGGGACCACCCGUUCUACAGACGAGAACACUGACACCCAGAGACGGCAUGGGCCUUGCAGCCAGUUAGCGGAAGAGCGCCCAGCCAGGCUCGCCCAGCCUGGCCCCAGACCCCGUCUCCCUGCUCUUAGGUGUCUGCAAAGCGGGCAGGCAGGGCAGAGAAGCAGGAUCUGCAGCUGAGUUACCUGGCUCCCUGUGGCAGCUCUGGCAGGGAGCCUUGGGACCCAGGGUCACCCAAAUCACCAAAAAGCAGGCCCCUAAGAUGCCGCACUCCUCCCAGAAUUCAGAAAGUCCCCCGGAGAUGGGGAGUAGAUGGAAAAGCUGGUCCUGCCCUUGCUUCUAAAGAUGAGACCUCCAUCUCUCAGACUGAUGGAGGGGGCGCUGAGUUGCUGUCAUUGCCCCCCACCCCAAGGAACAGGUUCUCCAGAGCUUCUAAGAUUUAACCAAGUCUGCUCAUCGCUGUGCAAGAAGGAGCCUCCUUUUUCAGCCCCGAAGUUCUGUCUGGGAGGGGCAGGGGGAGUGGGCCCCCACUGCUAGAGGAAGAUGUUACUAGUUCCCCAAACCGAGGCUCAGGCCCUGUUCUCUUCCAGACCCACACCAAGAGCUAUUAUGGGUCCUUCUCAACCACCCCCUGGACUGUCCCCGUGCUGGGCUGAGGCCCUGUUCCUCUGCUCUCCACUUCUGCCCAGAACACCCGCCAUGGGGACACUCCCCAGGAGGAAGUCACACCUGCUGCUGCUGGUGGCUGUGGCCCUUGUCUCCUCUCCAGGAAGUCCAAUUGAACUGUGCUGCCCCAAAGGCCAGGCUCCAGCUGACGCCCAAGCCCUGAGGCCCCUGGUGGUGUCCCCAUCUGCAGCUCGGAGCUCAGCCCGGGGAUCCCCAGCCACAUUUGGGCCUGUCUUUGAAGACCAGCCCCUCAGUCUGCUCUUCCCAGAGGAGUCCACAGAGGAGAAGGUGACGUUGGCGUGCCAUGCCCGGGCCAGCCCUCCUGCCACCUAUAGGUGGAAGAUGAACGGUACUGAGAUGAAGCUGGAGCCAGGUUCCCGCCACCAGCUGGUGGGGGGCAACCUGGUCAUCAUCAACCCCACCAAGGCGCAGGAUGCCGGCAUCUACCAGUGCCUGGCUUCUAACCCAGUGGGCACCAUUGUCAGCAGAGAGGCUGUCCUGCGCUUCGGCUUUCUGCAGGAAUUCUCCAAGGAGGAAAGAGACCCAGUGAAAACCCAUGAAGGCUGGGGGGUGAUGUUUCCCUGUAACCCACCUGCCCACUACCCAGGCCUGUCCUACCGCUGGCUUCUCAACGAGUUCCCCAACUUCAUCCCUACGGACGGGCGUCACUUCGUGUCCCAGACCACAGGAAACCUGUACAUUGCCCGGACCAAUGCCUCAGACCUGGGCAACUACUCCUGCCUGGCCACCAGCCACAUGGACUUCUCCACCAAGAGCGUCUUCAGCAAGUUCGCUCAGCUCAACCUGGCUGCCGAAGAUCCCAGGCUGUUUGCGCCCAGCAUCAAGGCCCGGUUCCCAGCAGAGACAUAUGCGCUGGUGGGGCAGCAGGUCACCCUGGAGUGCUUUGCAUUUGGGAACCCCGUUCCCAGAAUCAAGUGGCGCAAAAUGGAUGGCUCCUUGUCCCCGCAGUGGGCCACAGCCGAGCCCACCCUGCAGAUCCCCAACGUCAGUUUCGAGGACGAGGGCGCCUAUGAGUGUGAGGCGGAGAACUCCAGGGGCCGAGACAGCGUCCAGGGCCGCAUCAUCGUGCAGGCCCAGCCCGAAUGGCUCAAGGUGAUCUCGGACAUGGAAGCCGAUAUCGGUUCCAGCCUGCGUUGGGGCUGCGCGGCCGCCGGCAAGCCCCGGCCCACAGUGCGCUGGCUGCGGAACGGGGAGCCGCUGGCACCCCAGACAGGGGUAGAGGUGCUGGCCGGGGACCUGCGGUUCUCCAAGCUGAGCAUGGAGGACUCAGGCAUGUACCAGUGUGUGGCAGAGAACAAGCAUGGCACCAUCUACGCCAGCGCCGAGCUGGCUGUUCAAGCACUGGCCCCUGACUUCAGGCUGAAUCCUGUAAAGCGUCUGAUCCCUGCGGCCCGAGGGGGAGAAGUCAUUAUACCCUGUCAGCCCCGGGCAGCUCCAAAAGCCACGGUGCUCUGGAGCAAAGGCACUGAAAUUUUGGUCAACACCAGCAGAGUGACUGUAACUCCAGAUGGCACCUUGAUCAUAAGAAACAUCAGUCGGUCGGAUGAAGGCAAAUACACCUGCUUUGCUGAGAAUUUCAUGGGCAAAGCCAACAGCACUGGCAUCUUGUCUGUGCGAGAUGCAACCAAGAUCACUCUAGCUCCCUCAAGUGCUGACAUCAACUUGGGGGACAACCUGACUCUGCAGUGCCAUGCCUCCCACGACCCCACCAUGGACCUCACCUUCAUCUGGGCCCUGGAUGACUUCCCCAUCGACUCCAACAAGCCUGGGGGCCACUAUCGGAGGGCCAGUGUGAAGGAGACAGUUGGUGAUCUGACCAUCCUGAAUGCCCAGCUGCGCCACGGCGGGAAGUACACCUGCAUGGCCCAGACGGUAGUGGACAGUGCAUCCAAGGAGGCCACAGUCCUGGUCCGAGGUCCACCGGGUCCUCCGGGAGGCGUGGUGGUAAGGGACAUUGGCGACACCACUGUCCAGCUUAGCUGGAGCCGUGGCUUCGACAACCACAGCCCCAUUGCCAAAUACACCCUGCAAGCUCGCACUCCACCUGCAGGGAAGUGGAAGCAAGUUCGUACCAAUCCCGCUAACAUUGAGGGCAACGCAGAGACGGCCCAGGUGCUGGGCCUCACGCCCUGGAUGGACUAUGAGUUCCGGGUCACAGCCAGCAACAUCCUGGGCACUGGGGAGCCCAGUGGGCCCUCCAGCAAAAUCCGGACAAAGGAAGCAGCGCCCUCAGUGGCACCCUCAGGACUCAGCGGAGGUGGUGGAGCCCCAGGAGAGCUCAUCGUUAACUGGACGCCCAUGUCACGGGAGUACCAGAACGGAGACGGCUUCGGCUACCUGCUGUCCUUCCGCAGGCAGGGCGGCGCGAGCUGGCAGACGGCGCGGGUGCUUGGCGCCGACGCGCAGUACUUCGUCUACAGCAACGAGAGCAUCCGGCCCUACACGCCCUUUGAGGUCAAGAUUCGCAGCUACAACCGCCGUGGGAAUGGGCCCGAGAGUCUCACUGCGCUCGUGUACUCCGCGGAGGAGGAGCCCAGAGUGGCCCCUACCAAGGUCUGGGCCAAGGGGAUCUCAUCCUCAGAGAUAAACGUGACCUGGGAACCCGUGCAACAGGACAUGAAUGGGAUCCUCCUGGGGUAUGAGAUCCGCUACUGGAAAGCUGGGGACAACGAAGCCGCCGCUGACCGAGUGAGGACAGCAGGGCUGGACACCAGUGCCCGAGUCACUGACCUGCACCCCAACACCAAGUACCAUGUGACUGUACGAGCCUACAACCGGGCGGGCACUGGGCCUGCCAGCCCUUCCACCAACGCCACCACCAUGAAGCCCCCUCCACGGCGACCUCCUGGCAACAUCUCCUGGACUUUCUCGAGCUCCAGCCUUAGUAUUAAGUGGGACCCUGUGGUCCCACUCCGAAAUGAGUCUGCAGUCACCGGCUACAAGAUGCUGUACCAGAAUGACUUACACCUGACUCCCACGCUCCACCUCACCAGCAAGAACGGGAUAGAAAUUGCAGUUCCUGAAGACAUCGGCCAUGCCCGGGUGCAGAUUCGGACCACAGGGCCAGGAGGGGAUGGGACCCCGGCAGAAGUCCACAUCGUGAGGAACGGAGGCACAAGCAUGAUGGUGGAGAACUCGGCAGUCUGCCAAGCCCCACAUUCGGCCGCCAUCCUCUCCUGCGCUGUGGCGAUGCUGUUCCUCAUAGGCUACCUGGAGCUCUGAUCUCGGCGGCCCUCCCUCUCCGCCACAGCUGGACAGCUGCAUCCGAUGGACACAGCCCUGGUCCCUUCCCGAUGCCAAGGUGGCCCAGCACUGUGCCUGAGAAUGGCUGGUUUUGAACACCUACUUUAGACAGUGCCCUUUUUGUAGGAGGUAGGAUAUUUCAUAUUCUACCACAGGAUAGAACCCAUGCGAGGAUUUUUUUUUUAAUUUAAAUCAAGAGACAGAAAGCAGUAACUUCCAUGAUGAUAUUGAACCCUAUGCCCUGGCCCUCUAGGGUGCCUGGAUGGAAGGAACAGGCCUGUGGGAAGAAGGGGGUUUGAAACAUGUAUCUGCACAUCUGUGGAGAUGGCACCCUGGGACCACAUAGAGACUCUGCCCCUGGGAGCAGAAUCCUAGGCCUGGCAGGAACGCUGGCUGUGACUGGGCUGACGUGGCAUGAAGCAGAAACACCAACACCCCUCAGCCUAAGGAGAAGGCCAAACCCACGGCUGGACCCUGAGACGUGUCCUUGGAGGCACAUGCCACUUGCCCAGGUGGCUGAGAACCAGUGCCCUGAAGCCUGAGCCCCUGCAGCUUUGGGGGGAGGGGGGUACUCCAGACUGCCAGGGGUCAGGACUAACAAGGGUUGAGAGGCUGGGACACCUGGUGAGGAGGGGCACCAGACUUGGCCUGACGUUGCCCUCUUAGCCAACACUGCCAACCCAACCCUGUCACCCCAGAGUGACAGACCUACUACGGGCGGCUGGGCGACUAAAGGGCUUGUCUUGGGGAGGUCCCCCACCCCACCAAGACCCAUCCUCCACAAUCCUCUGGGGUUUGGGCAAGAGACAGGAGUCAGGGGUCAUGCGCCCACCCCCUUCCUCCAGCUUGGCCUGCAGGCCCAGGACUCCUCUCCCAGCACUGACUCAUUCGAGCCUGGGAAAGGAAUGCGGCAUUAAUUCCGUCUUGGAGUCGGGAGUCUUCUGAGAAGACGGGAUGAGUGUGGCGCUGCCUGUUCCCAGGAACACCCAGGACCACCUGACAAGACCUGCACCCGGGGCUGCCUCGGACCACCCUUUUGCAUUUCUCCAGAAGAAAAGGGGUUAAUAAACGGGACACCCUA